AUGUCUUUGGUCUUGACCAAUCAACAAUGUUUGCGUAGACAAUGUCACGUGACUUCCUCACUCAAAGACAUGAGGUCCCGCCAUUCAACAGUGACCUCUACUAAGUCUUCCCACUCCACGGCAAGCAAUAAUACCAGUGGUGGUGGACUUGAAGAUUUUCUGAGCACAAUGAAGAUUUCAGAUAUAAGCUUUGACUCUGUGACGUACUCAAAGAAGACAGUUGAGGAAUCAGUCACUUUCAAAAUUGGGGAUCCACACCACACACCACGAUCACCUUCUCAUUCACGCCAUGCACCACAAUCGCCUUCUCAUUCACGCCAUGCACCACAAUCACCCUCUCCAACACACUCCACGCUGUCACAUACUUGUUCGGAUGUACCAGAGCCAAAGCAUCGUGAUCACCGAUCAGCUGCAGAGUCGGAUACUGCGCAAUUCAGUACCACUCAACAAGCGACUGUAGCCUCGCGCACACCCCAUCCUGAUGAGCUGUAUCUGCCUGCUGGCACUCAAGUUCAAGGAUACUAUGUGGUAACUGUUGGUCAGGAAGUCGGUAUUUUUUUUUGCUGGCUUGACGCCAAAGUACGCGUUGAUGGAAUCAGCAGCGCAUUUCACACCAGAUAUGAUCAUUGGGCUGAUGCGUUGGAGUUGUACACGAGCCACUACAAUAUGGGACUGCUCCGUGCAGUUCCCACUGUUGGAGGACCGUUCUGGCCAGUUGGAAUCAUACACCCUACUCCACCUCCUAGUCCGACCACUACAGCCUCAUCUACCAACUCUGAGGAUCUUUGGUCUUAUCUUGAAGACUUAUCUGAGUACAUGAGUCAGGUCUAA